CAUAUUUCACAAAGGAGAAGAAAAAGAGAAGCGAAACACAAAGACGGGAGAAGUUAGUGAGUCAACCCAAGGAAAAAGAAGGUUUAAAAUUCGACAUCCUAUUUGGGAGCAAGAAGAAAUUGAAAAUUAAGCCCUCCAAAUUCCAAAUGAUUAAGCAAAAUUGACUUGAAGGAAUUAGAAGAAAGAAGAGAAGAGAUGGAAGGGAGGAACGAAGUAGGGAAAGCAUUGGGAUUGCUGAUAUGUGGUUCGUUGGUGUACUACCACUGUGCCUACAGGAAUUCAAGCAUUCUCUCCCUCGUCUCCGAUGUCUUAAUCGUUCUUCUCUGCUCCCUCGCUAUUCUCGGCCUCCUCUUUCGCCAAAUGAACAUCUCGGUACCAGUAGAUCCACUUGAGUGGCAGAUCUCGCAGGAUGCUGCUAAUAACAUUGUUGCAUGGUUAGCUAAUACUGUAGGGGCAGCAGAGUCAGUUCUAAGGGUUGCAGCAACUGGGCAUGACAAAAGGCUAUUUUUUAGGGAUUAUGCUUGUUCUGUCUUUACAUGCUUGCUGAGAACUCCCAGUCGAUCAGAACAUGUGUUCCUCAGUUACAAAGGCAACGAAAUGGCACCGCUGUCGAAGAGGAUAACAUGUAAUUGCAUGUGCAGUUUGAACAUACAGUUAGGACAGCAAGUUAAAGGUUCUGAACUUUGUUUUAUAUUAGGCCAAUUCUUGUCGUAUCCUUUCAAUCCUUUGGCUGAGACUGUAGAGUUGCAGUAGAGAUUUAUAGUUCAGUACUUUUCCUUUGUUUGAUCUUGGUCAAUAAACUUUAAUUCAUUAAUAACAUGUUAUUUGCAUGGUAAUGUAAA